GGUGAUUUUUCUGUAUUUAGUCAUAUAAAUAACUUAAAAAAUGAAACCGCUUAUGCUACAAGGACAUGAACGUGCAAUCACACAGAUCAAGUAUAACCGCGAAGGGGACUUACUAUUUUCUGCUGCAAAGGAUGCUAAGCCCAACGUCUGGUGGUCGUUAAAUGGUGAACGUUUGGGUACAUUCAAUGGUCAUGGUGGUGUCGUGUGGUGUCUUGAUGUAGACUGGCAAACCAUCAAUCUUAUUACUGGCGGUGGUGACAGUUCUUGCAGGUUGUGGGACUUGGAGACUGGUAAAAACAUUGCUACAAUAAAAACCAAUUCUUCAGUAAGAACAUGCAACUUCAGUUAUAGUGCAUAUCAAGCUGCCUACACAACUGACAAAGCAAUGCGUCAUCCUUGUGAGGUAUUUAUAAUUGACACAAGAACUGUUGAUGACUCCAUCUCAAGUCAAUCCCCCAUACUGAAGUGGGAAAUCACAGACUCCAAGGUUACUUCUAUGGUUUGGGGAACAUUAGAUGAGACUAUUAUCACUGGUCAUGAAGCUGGUGAUCUGAUUCAAUGGGAUCUGAGGACUGGCAAAAAAAUACAUUCAGUCAAGGAACACAAUCAUCAGAUAAAUGACAUGCAGCUUUCUCGUGAUGGUACUAUGUUCAUCACCGCCUCUAAAGACCAGACAGCCAAGCUGUUUGACACCAGUUCCCUGGAACUACUCAAAGAAUAUAAAACUGAGCGACCAGUGAACUCGGCAGCUCUUAGCCCCAUCCUUGACCAUGUAGUUUUAGGUGGAGGACAGGAUGCUAUGGAAGUGACAACAACAUCUACGAGACAGGGGAAAUUUGACGCUCGUUUCUUCCAUUUGGUGUUCGAAGAGGAAUUCGGCCGUGUCAAAGGGCACUUUGGUCCCAUCAACAGUUUAGCAUUCCAUCCUGAUGGCAAAAGUUAUGCGUCUGGUGGUGAAGAUGGUUAUGUCCGUGUACAGAGUUUCGAUCAAUCUUACUUUGACUAUACAUUCGAUUAUAACAGAGAUUAAAUACUAAGUAGAAAAACAUUUUAGUAUAUUGUAAUUUCUAUUGUCAUAAAUUUGCUACUAACAGGAAAUUUUUAUUUUGCUACCUUCAUAUCUGAUAAAAUUAAGUAAAAAUCAUACAGAAACCUAAAAUAACAAAAUAAAAAGAGUAAUUGAAUAUUGGGUCUUAUUAUUUGUUGAUUAUAUUUAUUUCUCUCCAUGAUCAAUACAAAACCAAAAAAGUAUGAAAAUUGCAUAAAAAUAUCAACCAUCAAUAAAAUGUGUCGUACCACAACUACAAAUGAUUAGUUUUAUUUAUUUUAGACCGCUAUUACAUUAUGAUUUAUUGUCUUCAUAGAUUUUUUUUGAAUAUGAUGUCAAUAUCUCAUCAGUCUAUGAUAGCUAUUAGUCAUAAUAUACAUAUUGCACCUGGUAUUACGUUGUAUGAUCACCUAUAAAUCUUCAUAUUACAUGGACGACUAUAUAGUCGUUUAUACACUGCUUUGGCUACCGUUAUCAUCAUUUCUUAAAUAAAAAGAAAAUGGAAGAGUGUAAGAAGAAGACAUUUUUGAACUUUGACAUUUACAAAUUAUUAUAACACAUCUCCAAAUGGAUGACAUUAAUUAUUAUUUAACAAAAUUGAUAGCAUAUAUUUCAAAGCAUUGAAAUUAUUCAACAAUUUUGUCUCCAAUGUUCCGCUCAACCUCUCUGUUUUAAACCAAAAUCUUAUAGCGCUCGUAGUUGUAAAUAUUUCGUGACACGCCUGUCGUGUCAAGCGCCACAACUAGCCAUGUGUAAAAGUAAUGUUCUUUUUUAUGCUUUUUUCACUUGUUUAGACUUAAGUUUAGUUGACAUAAAACAUCAGAUGCAAACGAAAGGUUACUUGUUUUUAGUGGGUAACUACGUGUUUUUCUACGUGUUUUCUUUGAAAUUGAGAGUAAGUGACUUUUUAUGCAGAGAUUACAAACCUUUUGUACUAUUUUUUGUUUUAUAAAAAAAUAAUUUAGUUAUAAGUAGGUACAGCUAAAUCACCCUGGAAAGCCUUAGUUUUUAUUAAAUUAAAUUUUCAUCUAAUAAUAAUAUUUGUAAAUAUCAAACAAUUAAGAACCUUAAUUUGGAAAAAAUAAGGUUUAUGAUUCAUUGAUUACAAAUGUUAAAUAUUAUUUAAUGUUAGACAAUUGUAAAAGUAAAGUCGAUAUGAAAACGUCUAAUUAGUAAGAAUAGCAAAUCAAGUGUUUUCAAAAGGAAAAAAACGCCGGCGCACAAACAAAAGACUAUUUAUUAACGAACUCUUUUCGCAUAAUAAUUCUAUGCAUGAACAGUUUCGAACUGUUUCAAGCAAAAAUAAAACUUAUGCCAUAUCACAAGAGCACAUGGUACUUCGUAGGUCUAUUCGGCCAUAUGAUAGUAAUAAGACGACAGUGCAACAAUUUUAAGCAAAAUUAAACAAUUAGACAAACGC